AUGACGAUGGUGAUGGCCACCAUUGAUGUGGCCUCGCUGCACACGGCGAUCCCACAUACUGGUGGUAUAAAAGCGAGCAAAGUCCUCAGCAUGAAGGGACGGACGCUGCUGCUCCUUCUCUCUAUUUGGAUCCUUCUCUAUAUUGCCCGGUAUCCAGAAAAGUUCCCAGCCCUUAAAUUCCGGAGUGUUGUGUCGGAAACCACGACAAUUCCCAUCAUCUUCGUCAUCACCCCGACGUACGCCCGUCUAGUCCAGAAAGCGGAGCUGACGCGCCUCACCCUCGCGUUCAGGCAAGUCCCCGCCCUGCACUGGAUUGUGGUGGAAGAUGCCCUGCAGAAGACUCAGGUGGUCAGGAACCUCCUGCAGCGCUCAGGGAUUCCGUACACUCACCUUUCCAUCCAGUCCUUGAAGGACGUGCGCAAAGCCCGCGGUACCCUCCAGAGGAACUUGGGCCUCAGUUGGCUGCGAGAGACCUUUUAUCCAGAGGACGCCCCUGAGGGAGUGGUGUACUUUGCUGACGAUGACAAUACAUACAGCCUGGAGAUCUUUGAAGAGAUGAGAUACACCAAGAAGGUGUCAGUGUGGCCCGUGGCUUUUGUUGGAGGGCUCCGCUAUGAAUCCGUGAAGGUCAACAUGGAGGGUAAAGUGGCCGGAUGGUUCGUAAAAAUUUUCCCAUCCCGAUCAUUCGCCAUCGACAUGGCCGGCUUCGCCAUUAACUUGAAGCUAAUCCUGGAGAAGCGCACGGCAAUAUUCCGGCUGGAUGUCGCUGCGGGCUACCAAGAGCCCAGCCUACUGCAGGACCUGGUGACAAUGGAGGAGCUGGAGCCCAAGGCUGACAACUGCACCAAGAUUCUGGUGUGGCACACGAAGACCCAAACACCGAACUUGCGUAAUGACAAAAACUUCACAGACCCAAAUGUUGAAGUCUAA